AUGUUCGACUCCUCGAACGAGAAUCCCGAACUGAUUUGGAACGAGACGACACGUCAAAAAGUGAAAGGAAUCAUUGAUAACGAGGUGGUGAAGCUCUACGAACAACAUCUCAAAGAUCCGACGGCGAAAUGGAAUACGACUUCACUGGCAGACAAAUCGUGUGCUUAUGGAGACAGUAUUAGUGGAGAACUCGUCGUUGGAGGAGUGUUCGUCCGAUUAUUUGUCGAGAAUCCCGGAUGGUCGGUUAGACAUCCGAAACAGUUUGCCACUGAGUUGAUUGAGAAAGUGCUCGAACUAAUGUCUCGCCCCACCCCAGAAAUCGAUUUGGUCACAAAAGCGUUCGUUGAAUUAGUGCGUCAUCAUCCGAACACGGCGGAUCAACUACCCUCUCAAGGAUAUCUUCCCCAAUUCUGCACUGCAAUGUGUCUCCAAAACACGUCGGCCUCUCGUUCAGCGAUUCUCAUCCUUCAAGAACUCAGUGAGAAUCAAUUCUGUUGUGACGCGUUGUCUCAACUCCCUUGUAUCGAUGGAAUCAUGAAAUCGAUGAAGAAUCAACCGUCGUUGAUGAGAGAAUCGGCGCAUGCGUUGAAGUGUCUCAUGAAACGAAACACGGGAGAACUCGCUCAACAAAUGUUGAAUUGUGGAAUGGUCCCUUAUUUAUUACAAGUUUUGGAUUCUUCAAUGGACGGAGUCUCGAAUGGAGCCGCCGCCCGUGCUGAAAUUGUGGACGCGUUGAAAAGUGCGAUUCUGGAUCUGAAAGUUGGACAGAAGAUUGCCGAGAUUCUGGAUAAAAGUCCGAUUUGGGCGCAGUUUAAGGAUCAGAGACACGAUUUGUUCUUACCGGCUGCGAGGACGUUGGCUGUUACUGGCGGACCAACGGGAGACGCUGGAUACCUGGCGAUAGGAAUGUUCAAUCCACCACCAAUAUCCAAUCAACCACCACUAAUGCUUCAUGAUGAAGCCGGCGAUUUUCAGCCACCUCUCUAA